AGUCCACUCAAUUUUUUCCCUUUGAACUUCCAUUACCGGAUAACUACAUUCCUCAUCCUCACAAAUGUCCCUCGAGAUUUUUUGUUAAUUUAUAGAUCAGGUAAUGAACCAAACGCGACUCAAUUUGAGGAAGUCAGGUGUGACGGUUGCCAAUAAGUUCAUCAUUUCAGAGAUUUAACACCAGUAUCUUACUAGCUAGCUUUGCUAUCACAAUCAGACAACUACAGACAUAUCCAAAUUAUGAUGGAUCUAACAAUGUUCAUCAACAAGUAUUUCUCGUCAACUAGAAUUGCGGUCUUAUUAGCUUUAUUAUCUUUUUUCUAUUAUUUAUGGAUCACAGUUAUAAGGUCGUCGAGGAAUACGAAACCAUCAUCAGUAUCACCACCUGAAGUUGCAGGGGCAUGGCCUGUAUUAGGUCAUCUUCUUCAGCUAGUAGGGUCGAGACCUCUAUUCAAAGUUCUUGCAGAGAUGUCUGACAACUAUGGACCUAUCUUCAUGGUCCGGAUUGGAAUGCAUCCAACUCUUGUUGUAAGCAGUUGGGAGAUGGCUAAAGAGUGCUUCACUACCAACGACAGGUUCCUCGCUGGCCGCCCAUCGGGUGCUUCCAACAAGUACCUCACUUUUGGACUGCUUGCUUUUACCACGUACGGCCCUUACUGGCGAGAGAUCCGUAAGAUCUCUACCCUUCAUCUACUCUCACAUAGGUGUGUCGAGCUUUUCAAGCAUGUUCCUUACUUGGAGACCGGCAACUGCAUGAAACACUUGUACCGGUGCUGGAUGAAAGGCCAAAACCAAAAUGACACAGCAAAGGGUUCUGUUAAAGUCGACAUGAGCCAGGUAUUAGGAGAGCUAGGCUUGAAUGUGGUGUUGAAGUUAGUUGCUGGAAAAACAAUUUUUUUCAAGAACUGCAACAAUCAUGAAUAUGACUCCAAGGAUGGUGACGAUGGUCAUAACAAAGAGGAAGAAGAAGGUCAAAAGCUCCAUAAAACCAUCAUAGAAUUCUUCGAACUAAUAGGAGCUUUGGUCGCAUCUGAUGCUCUUCCAUUUCUUGGGUGGCUGGAUGUGGAUGGAAAAAAGAAACGCAUGAAAAGGGUAGCCAAGGAUAUUAAUUUCAUUGUUCCGAAGUGGCUGGAAGAGCAUCAGCACCAAAGAGGACGAGCAGCGGUAUCAAACUCAGCAGCAGGAGGCAGCAGUAAUCAUGAUGAUGCGAAAGAUUUCAUGGAUGUGUUGAUAUCGGUUCUUGAUGGGGAAAAUGAUGAUCUCUUCUUUGGUUACAGCCGUGACACUGUAAUCAAAGCCACGUCUCUGCAAAUGAUAGCAGCUGCCUCAGAUACCACGUCACUUACAUUGACAUGGGCUCUCGCACUGCUAAUCACUAAUCCUACCGUCUUAAGAAAGGCUCAGGAUGAGCUCGACACCAGAGUAGGCAAGGACAGAAACGUAGAGGAACGGGACAUCAAUGAUCUUGUCUACCUCCAAGCAAUUGUUAAGGAGACGCUCCGGAUGUAUUCUCCUGCCCCUCUCGGCGCAACCCACGAGGCAAUCAUGGACUGCAAUAUUGGUGGGUAUGAAGUUAAAGCAGGCACACGUGUGUUGGUCAACCUAUGGAAACUGCACCGUGAUCCUCGAGUGUGGACAAACCCGUCAGAGUUCAAGCCGGAGAGGUUUCUUCCACAACUCGAUGGUGGUUCUGGUGGUGAGGCGGCAAACUUGGACUUCAGAGGUCAAGACUAUGAGUAUCUGCCAUUUGGUUCAGGAAGAAGGAUGUGUCCAGGGCUUGACUUCGCCCUCCAAACAGUUCAUAUGGCGCUUGCUCGCCUGCUUCAUGCAUUCGAUUUCGACAAUGACUUGGCAGGACUAAUAGUAGACAUGACGGAAGGAUCAAGUGUAACCCUCCCCAAGUUGACCCCACUAGAGGUUUACCUCCGUCCACGCCUCCCAGCCCAACUUUACUAGAAGUAGUAGCCAGGAUGUAAGAUCACCUGAUCAAGUGUCUAAGAGAUUUAAGGCAAAUCUGUACUCAGCUUCCUAUUAUAAAUAUCAAAUUUUAUUAUGAAGUAAUAACCAACUAGAGAUAAAUUUUACUGUCCCUUGGAAUCUUUACCACCAUAA